GGACCGGGAUCAGGACCGGACCGGGAUCAGGACUGGGACUGGGACUGGGACAGCGGUGUUGCUCAGGGUCGUGAAAGCAGAGGCCGGAGGGCUCGGCGGAACCCGGCCAUGUUCUGAGGGAGGCUGCAAGACGCCGCUGGGAUCCGGGUAGCGCAGGUGUGCCCGAAGGAAUCGCCCUUCUGUCGGCCCUGCCAGGCGCUGGGUGAGGCGGAAUCAUGGCAAGUCCAAGAACAAGGAAAGUCCUCAAGGAAGUCAGAGCACAAGAUGAGAACAAUGUCUGUUUUGAAUGUGGUGCAUUUAACCCCCAGUGGGUGAGUGUGACCUAUGGAAUUUGGAUCUGUCUGGAGUGCUCAGGAAAACACCGAGGCUUGGGAGUUCACCUCAGUUUUGUGCGUUCUGUAACCAUGGACAAGUGGAAGGAUAUUGAGCUGGAGAAAAUGAAGGCUGGAGGUAACAGCAAAUUCAGACAGUUCUUGGAAUCUCAAGAUGAUUAUGAUCCAUGCUGGACAAUGCAAGAGAAGUACAACAGCAAAGCUGCAGCUCUGUUUAGAGACCAGGUAGCUACAGUAGCUGAAGGCAAGGAGUGGUCCAUUGAAACUUCUCCUGCCAGGAACUGGACCCCACCUCAGCCUAAAAUGUCUCUGUCUUCUGCUCACCGUUCUGCUGGACAAUCUCAGACUGCAACUGCCUCUUCUGACAAGGCUUUUGAAGACUGGUUAAAUGAUGAUGUCAGCUCCUACCAAGGUGGCCAAGAGAAUCGCUACGUGGGGUUUGGGAACACAGUAAACCCUCCCAAAAAAGAGGAUGACUUUCUCAAUAAUGCCAUGUCCUCGUUGUACUCGGGAUGGAGCAGUUUUACAACUGGAGCAAGCAAAAUUGCCUCAGCUGCUAAAGAGGGUGCUACCAGAUUUGGAUCUCAAGCAAGUCAAAAGGCAUCAGAGUUAGGUCAGACAUUAAAUGAAAAUGUUCUCAAACCUGCACAGGAAAAGGUGAAGGAGGGGAAAAUAUUUGAGGAGGUCACCACGGGGGUAUCGCAGUUGGCCAGCAAGGUUCAGGGAGUUGGGAGUAAGGGAUGGAGAGAUGUCACCACUUUCUUUUCAGGCAAACCAGAUGAUAAUUCUGACAGACCAGCUGAGGGAGACAGCUACCAGAACAGUGGAGGGGAGGGCUACCAGAACAAUGCUGUAGAUCAAAGCUUCUGGGAGACCUUUGGCAACUCAGAUCCACCAAAAGCUCACAAAUCUCCAAGCAGUGAGAGCUGGACCUAUGUGGACAAUUCCACAGAGAAGAAGAGCUCGGAUAGCUGGGACGUGUGGGGCUCAGGAACAGUCUCCAACAAGAACAGUAACAGUGACAGCUGGGAAAACUGGGAGACCAACUGGGAGAGCACAGGAGGGGAGAGCAAGACCAGAAAACCUCCUAAGGCAACAAAAAAUGCGUGGGAUGACUUUUAGAACUCUGCUCUGCACAGCUGGGAAAGGGAGGCUGUGCUGGCUGAUGGAGGGGAGGAAGUUUUACACACACCUGGAGUAUCAUGGCUGACCUUUCUGAUCUGUUUGUGCUUCCCAUUCAUUCUCCUUCCUUCUACCCUGGUAUAGGGAAAAAAAAAGUAGCAUCUGAAUCUUCUCUUACAUAAAGGUGGCUCUCCCUUUUUUAAGGAUAGUGAUAAGUGUAUUCUCCUUGCACUACUGGAGCUGGCUACAGCAACUUUCUUAACACGAAUGUUAAAGUAAAGAAAUCAGUGCAAGGACACUUCCAUGGCACAACCUUGCAUGUGUAGGUUAAUAGGUGUUCAUCCAGUCCUCAUCUAAUUUGAGAUUUGGGGUGUUGAAUGCAAACAAAGGACAGGGUGUGACUUGGAAAGAUUAGCCAUUAAUUGGGCAAGCUGCAGUUGGAUACAUCAAGUUCCAAUGCCUUAUGGAUUGCUCUGACUACAGGAGGUCUGGCAAUUCAAGAUGGUCUUUUACAUAUUUUUUAUUGGAGUGUUGUUUUUAAACAUUGUGACAUUAUUUUUUUUAGUAGUUGAGAACUUAUUUUUCCCAUUUAGAAUUCAGAAGAAAUCUAGAGCUAGAUAAUUAUUUGUGUAAACUUACAGGUUUGACCUGAGCUUUCAAGGGAUAUCCAGAAUCUUCUUGCCCACCUUACUCCAUGGAUUGAGUUUGCACUGUGCAGCUCUGCUACAUGGAAAAGCAAAGCUGUGGUGUUUUCCUUCCUCACCUGUGCCCUUGCCCCAGUUUGAGUAUUUUAUCUUUCUUUUUUAUCUUUCUUCCUUCCUUCUACCUGUGUAGUAUUUUAUUAAUGCUGUUAAAAAUGAAGUUUUUCUGCUGCUUAUGUCCUUCUGGACAUCUGUUUGGUAGCCUGGCAGUGAAAACAUAAAUUACAAAGAAAAUUCCAGCAAGAAAAAAAGGGUGGAAAAUACAAGAACAUCGAGGAAAGACCGUGGCAGCAAGCCCCUUUCAAGAUGAGUAGAUGUCUGGAUUUAAUAGUAAAAUUUAAUUUAAGCAGAUGCUUUCCAAACGAUUCUUUAGUGUGUUGAGCUGUAUCUCUGUUUCUGUCAUAUUUCUCCACAUUUUCUUCCUGUAUCUUGUUAAAGAAACACUAUUUUGGAAACUUGAGAAACUCUUUGUCAGCAUUAAGGACUGGAACAGGAGAUGGAGUUAUGUGUCAGUUUUGACCCAACAAAUCACUUUGCAUGACACAAGCCAUGACUUCUAGAGAAGAAUUGUGACUUUUAACAUCAAAGGUAUCAUAGGUAUCCCAUUUUAUUUUGGGAGAUGGGUUGUGAAUGUACCCUCAGCACGAAAACAAUCAGCUUGAAAA